CAGCAGCAGCAGCAGCAGCAGGGGCGGUGCUCUCCUCCUCCUCCUCCUCCUCCUCCUCCUCUUCACUGACGCUAUAGACCUGUCAGCAUACGGUGCGAGUAAAUCUGUCUCGUUCUCUGUGUCGUUUACUAGCCUGAAUUUGAAGCGAGGCCUUUCCGAAGGAGUCCGUGAGAGAAUCCGUGACAGAAAAGAGGAGUGGUGGAGGGAGGGAGCGGGGAGGCGGACGACGGAGCUCUGUCGGCCGGGUGUGCUGGACACUGAGGCGGCCGCACCGCUGCUGCCCUGCUGCUGCAGACGCAUUCACACUCAAGACAGGAGAGAAAACGACCAUUUCUGUCGCUGGGUCUUUGGCUUCCUAUAGAUUCCAGCAUGGAAUGGACGAAGGAGGACUGAUGCUUGUGGAGCUGUGAAGAAAACCUCGUUAUUUGGGAAAAGUAGCAUCUGGAAAAAGACUAGCGAGCGGUUUAAAGCCAGGAGCCACGGAGAUUGACAGCGCUAGCAAAAUGUCUGUCCCUAAUGUGCUGGCCAAGGCAUUGUAUGACAACGUGGCAGAGUCUCCGGACGAGUUGUCCUUCCGCAAAGGCGAUAUCAUGACGGUGUUGGAGCGGGACACGCAGGGAUUGGACGGCUGGUGGCUCUGCUCCCUCCAUGGUCGCCAAGGCAUUGUCCCCGGCAACCGUCUCAAGAUCCUUGUCGGCAUGUAUGACAGCAAGCAGCAGCCACAGACCUUGCCUUCCACGCCAGAUUCAGCCACUUCCUGUCCUGUCUCCCUGGUACAGCGUCCACUCCCCCCUCACAGUGCUUACGCCAAACCAACACCAGCUCCAUCAUCUACAGCCAUCGCUACGUCCUCCUCUGGGUUCACCAACAAGCCCCUCCCCUCAAUGCAGUACACGUCUAUGCACUCAGCCUAUUCCACCCCCAACCCUGCACAGUCCAAUCCUGACUCUGUGUACAUGAUGCCUGCCUCCCACAGCCCCAAACCAAGUCCCCAAAGUCUGUACCAGAUCCCCUCUGGCCCAAGUGGACCCCCUCCACAGGCCCAAACAGGACCCCCCAACAACGCCCCAGCUCUAGCCCAGAGACAGUACCAGCUGCCUGGGCAGGACAUCUACCAGGUACCUCCCUCUGUAGGCCCAGGCCAGGGAGCAGCCCCACCUUCGGGAACAGGGUCUGGGCAGGAUGUGUACCAGGUGCCCCCCUCCCUGGAUAAGAGAAGCUGGGAGAGCAGCAACAAGCCUCUGGGCAAGGUGGUAGUUCCUACUAGGGUUGGACAGGUGUAUGUGUACGACUCAGUGAAACCAGGGCAGGACGAGUAUGAUGUCCCACCCAGACAUCAGCCUCCGACUCAGCAGGACAUAUACGAUGUGCCACCCACUCGCCAGCAAUACAACACACAGGUGUAUGACACCCCUCCCAUGGUGGUGAAGGGGCCCUCUAGUGGUCAAGAUAUAUAUGACACCCCACCGAGUACAGACAAGAACACCCAGCACACAGUCUAUGACUUCCCUCCAUCUGUCAGUAAAGAUGUCCCUGAUGGUCAGCCAAUCAGAGAGGAGACCUACGAUGUACCACCCCACUUUGCCAAACUCAAGCCACAAGUCCCCGUCCCUCUAGGCCAGUACCUUCCGAACAAUCUCAACGACGACGAUGAGCCGCCGAUUCCAGAGGAUGUAUAUGACAUCCCACCCUCCAUCCAAACUGACAAGCAUUACCAUGGGGACAGGGGUGGAGUCGGUCAGGCCCCCCAGGAGAUCUAUGACAUCCCAGCCAGCCUGCGAACCGGAGGUCACCCCACCCAGGAUGUCUAUGACUUCCCUCGGGAACGAGAGGAAAAAGGAGAGAGAAGAGACCACUACGUCUAUGAUGUCCCACCACAGGUUGUGCGUGAUGCUCAGUCCACCAGUGAGGAGCUGACCAUGUCCUUCAAGCGGCUGUCUGCCUCAAGUACAGGAAGCACACGUAGCAACCACUCUACUUCAUCAUUAGACAUGGUGCCUGUUCGCGACACCUCCUCUUCCUCCUCACUUUCUGCUCCUGGCCCUAUUCCAGGGAAACCCCUCAUCUUGGACCUGGAACAGGCCAUGGAGCGCCUGUCUCGCCUUCAGCAAGCUGUUGAGUCCAGCGUUUCCCUCAUGAUGUCAUUCAUCACAGGUAAUUGGAGAAGCCCUGCUCACCUGGAAGGGAACCUGCUGGCUAUUCAUCAGGCUGCUGACCGUGUGCGUGCCACGGUCCGAGACUUCCUAGAAUUUGCCCGGGGCGCUGUGGCGAAUGCUGGCCAGGCCACAGACCGUUCUCUGCAGACCAAACUGGGCCGUCAGGUGGGGAAGAUGGAGGAGGUCUUUCAGAAUUUGAUUCGACACAGUCAGAGCUUAGACGCCAUUUCCUGGUCACACACAGCGCUAACAGCACCGCUGGCAGGAGGGGAUGACUUAGAUCGACUAAUCAUGACGGCACGAGGCAUCCCAGACGACGCCAAACAGCUCGCCUCCUUUCUCCACGGUAACGCCUCGCUGCUCUUUAAACGGACCAACCGGCAGCAACAGCAGCUGCCACUUCCUCCAAUCCCAGGGGAGGUCAGCUCUCAGGUUACAGGAUCAGGAAGUGGGAGCUAUCAGGGAGGGGAGAAGGUGAACAUUCAGUCACGUCCCCUCCCUUCUCCACCAAAGUUUACUGCUGCAGAGGAAGAGGAAGGUGUGGACAGGCCGUAUGAGACCACAGAGGAAGGCUGGAUGGAGGAUUAUGACUAUGUACAUUUACAGGGAAAGGAAGAGUUUGAGAAGAACCAAAGACAGCUGCUGGAGAAAGGCAACAUCAUCAGACACAAGACCCAACUGGAACAACAACAAAUUAAACAGUUUGAGCGGCUAGAGCAAGAAGUCAGCCGGCCAAUCAACAAUGACAUGACAGGCUGGGUCCCGUCCCCACACCACCCUCAGCUAGCCCAGAACGGCUCAGGAGGAUCCUCCUCCUCUUCCAAACUGUGCUCUGGCGACCAGCAGCUCCUCCUCUUCUACCAGGAGCAAUGCGAGCAGAAUGUCACCACGGUGACCAAUGCCAUCGACGCCUUCUUCACCGCCAUAAACUCCAACCAGCCACCCAAGAUCUUCGUGGCGCACAGCAAAUUUGUCAUUCUCAGCGCACACAAGCUGGUGUUCAUUGGUGACACGCUGUCACGGCAGGCCAAGUCUCCGGAGGUGAGGGCCCGAGUGGCCCAGAGCAGUAACACCCUCUGCGAAAAACUCAAAGAUAUUGUGAUCAGUACAAAGACCGCAGCGCUUCAGUAUCCUUCCCCUGGAGCAGCCAGAGAGAUGACUGAGAGGGUGAGGGAGCUGGCAGGGUGUACACAGCAGUUCAGGAUGGUGCUGGGACAGCUGCUGGUGAUGUAGUGAGGGUGAGGGUGACACAGACUGAGAUGUCCCAUGAACACGGGGCAGUAAGACCUCUGUGUAAACAAGAGGUGUAUGGCCCCGGACACCCUCGCAGCAUGAGGUAGGAGAACCUGGACCCCUGGAACACAGAGUGCCCUGUACACCCUUCCACUGUGAGGUCGGAGACUCUAUUUGCCUCGACAGGGUGAGGCUUUACUCCCUGCGCUCCUGACAUUUACAUAAGAAACCCUGUGUGGCCCUGGAUCCUGGUGGUCUGGGACCCUGUCUGGGAAUGGGUACACUGACCUCACAUCCAUCCUCUGCCCCCUCCCUACCUCACUAUUCACUGGGACCAUUCCACCAUUCCUCUGUGCGCUUUGUAUUGUAGACAAGCUAAAAGGAACAUGUAUCUUCAGUGGGCUGGGCCAAUGGUUGUAAAAUAAUCAUAUGUAAAUAUUUAAGUUACGUAUUUAGUCUGAAAAACAGAAAGAAAAAAGACCUCCCAAUAUAUAAAUAUAAAUAUAUGGUUCUUUUUUAACGAAGAAAGAAAAGAUGAAAACAAAAGUGUAGUUUUUAGACAAUAUCAAUAAUUGUUAUUAUUAUUGCUAUCCAGCAUAACUAUGGCUCUGAUUCUUGAUUCUUGUAUCAUUAUUGUUAUGGAUGUGUAAAUUCAAGAUGAUAUGUAUGACUGUAUGUUAUAGUACGUCUAUGCUCUUCUCCAUCCCUGACAAAGACACACUUCCCAAAAAAAAAAACACUGGAGCACACACCCUUACACCUUGCCAAGUUGCCUCUGUGUUGGAGCAGUAUGUUUCCACCUGUGGCUCAAUACAUUUUCCACAUUGAUUUUAGUCCACCAGUGCCGGCAACACUGCUGCCACAAGAUGUCAACAUGACUGUCCAGUUGCAGUUUUUAAAAAUGAACUCAGUGCCAUCUCAGUUGCUCUUUUGGAUGUAGGUUGUUUUGUAACAGGCAUGUAUUGGAGAAAAGGAGUGUAAAAGGUUAAAAAAUACAAAUGAAAUUAAACCUACGUAUCCUCUUUUCUCUAA